UGUUGCUUUAAAUAUACUGAUAUACAUACAUUAUCAAUUGAUUAAUUAUCGCGUAUUUAAAUAUUUUAGGAUUUGGAAAGUAUCAUCUCAGACCACUUUGGUCGUACCCCGGCGAGUACACCCGUUUGUUUCCAGACAUUGGAGGCGAGUGACGAGAGCGACGUGGAUACAAGCAGCUACGCCGACAUCUGUCAGGGUCGUGUGAGGUCUAUGGUGAGUGAAAAUAUUGAUGCGAGUGUUGACAACGAUAGCAACAACGAAGACGAUCAAAUCGAUGGUCGAUCACUGUCAGAAGAUGAAAACCAUGUUCGCAACGUACCAAGCGCUGGCGUACAUGAACAAGGAGAGUGUGACCCUGAUUGGUUGGCUGUAGAGCAUUUCAUGAAGGGAUGUGGAUGUGGCAGGCAUUGUCAAAAGAACUUCACACCAUCUUCGGUGUAUCAGUCCAUUUUAGACAUGUGUGAGAAGAGUAAAGAUGAAAAAGAAAUGUUUCUUAUGGGGAUUUUAAGUAAUUGUUUGGAUACCUCUUCUAGCACUAAGAGAGGGAAGAAAGGUUUCCGCGUGCGCACACACUUUGCAAUUAAUGGUGCUUCAGUGUGUAGGGAAACUUUUCAGCUGUUUUUUGACGUUAAACGUGCUGUUCUAUAUGCGCUGAUACAGACAGUAAAUCAGGGCGGCUGUACACCGAGAACGCACGGGAACAGAGGGCGAAAACCUAAACACGCACUAAUGUUUGAUGAUGUGAAUCGGGUUGUGCAGUUCAUCAUGAACACAUCCGAAGAAAUCGGACUGCCAUACCCAGCAGCUCCAAGGGGAAAAGACAAUAUUCCAAUCGUCUUCCUUCCAUCAAGCACAACAAAGUUGCAUUUACAUGCGCACUAUAGCUCUGCUUGUGAAGAGAGAAAUGUGCGGUGCGUGAAAAUUUCGGCAUUCAAAAGCAUCUUGUUGCACUGCGUUCCGCACAUUAAAAUUGCAAAACCAAGAGAGGACGUUUGCGGCACCUGCGAGCGACUUCGAAGGGACAUCGUGGGCGCUGUGACAGAAGACGAGAAGCUACAUGCACUGACAGCAAUGGAGACGCACAUCACUGACGCUCGCAAGGAAAGAAACGUGUGCUUAAACUGUGUUCAGAUGGCCGUUUCUGACCCAGUGCGAUAUUGCCACUUCACGUUUGACUUUUGUCAAAGUGUAAGUUUACCACACUACGGCAGACAGAUGGGCCAAAUAUAUUUUAUGACACUCAGAAAAGUGCAGAUCUUCGGUUUCCGCAAAAGUGGCGAUAAACAACUGAACUUUCUAAUCGACGAGAACGAAACCCAUGGGAAAGAUGGCAAGAUGACGCACGGCCCAAACGCAGUGCUUUCCAUGAUAGAUUGGGCACUGGAAGCAACGUCAAAUCAAUCUAGGUCAUUCAUUAUUCACGCCGAUAACUGUCCAGGUAAUUAA